UUUUAUUUUUAUUGGUAUUUUUCUCAUGCAAUUUUUAAUAACCUGGGAAACGUUUUUUUUGUGUUUUCAGAUUUGCUCCUGAGCUUCCAUAAAAAUGUCCAAGCAACAGCCUGCUCAGUUUACCAAUCCAGAAACCCCUGGUUAUGUUGGAUUUGCAAACCUUCCCAACCAGGUCCAUCGGAAGUCUGUGAAAAAGGGAUUUGAAUUCACUCUUAUGGUGGUUGGUGAAUCCGGACUGGGAAAAUCUACGUUAAUAAACAGCCUCUUCUUGACAGACCUGUACCCAGAACGGAUAAUCCCAGGAGCUGCUGAGAAGAUUGAACGCACUGUGCAGAUUGAAGCCUCGACAGUUGAAAUAGAAGAGAGGGGUGUGAAACUACGCCUGACAGUUGUAGAUACACCUGGAUAUGGGGAUGCUAUCAACUGCAGAGAUUGUUUUAAGACCAUAAUCUCCUACAUCGAUGAGCAGUUUGAGCGCUACCUGCACGAUGAGAGUGGUUUGAACAGAAGGCAUAUCAUAGAUAACCGUGUUCAUUGCUGCUUCUAUUUCAUUUCACCAUUUGGUCACGGUCUUAAGCCUUUGGAUGUUGAAUUUAUGAAGGCAAUACACAACAAAGUAAACAUUGUGCCAGUAAUUGCAAAAGCUGACACGCUUUCACUGAAGGAGCGAGAAAGACUAAAGAAAAGGAUUCUGGAUGAAAUUGAAGAGCACGGCAUCAAGAUUUAUCACUUGCCUGAUGCUGAAUCUGAUGAGGAUGAAGACUUUAAAGAGCAGACCAGACUUUUGAAGGCCAGCAUUCCAUUUUGUGUAGUGGGAUCCAAUCAACUCAUUGAAGCCAAAGGUAAAAAAGUUCGAGGUCGACUGUACCCGUGGGGUGUCGUUGAAGUGGAGAAUCCAGAACAUAAUGACUUCCUCAAAUUGAGGACCAUGUUAAUGUAA